GUGAUACAACAGCUAAAUUCUAACGCUAAAUUAUCGUUUCGAGGAAAAGAGCACGAUAGAAAAAGCUAAAUAUGGAUUUUGAGUGAUUUUAACAUAUGUGUUAUUGCUCACCAAAUAACCAAUUUACUGAAGAAAAAUGCUUGCCCGAAAGGGAUUACUACCGGACGGGUUCCUAUUGACCCGACUAGCAGAAGAUGCGAACCAGCCCAACAGGUUCAGGGCAAAGUCCCAGCGUGCGCGUUUUAUCACCAAGAGUGGAUCUUGCAAUGUCGCCCACAAGAAUAUCCGGGAACAGGGCAGAUUCCUGCAGGAUGUUUUCACCACCAUGGUAGAUCUGAAGUGGCAGCAUUCUCUCCUAAUCUUCACCUCAGCUUUUCUCUGCUCGUGGAUGCUCUUCGCCAUGGCGUGGUGGCUCAUCGCCUUCGCCCACGGAGACCUGGAGCCCCGUGACCCCAGCGGUGAGCCUGGGCCGGUGCCCUGUGUCACUGCCAUCCAGUCCUUCACCUCGGCGUUUCUCUUCUCCAUUGAAGUGCAGGUGACCAUCGGUUUUGGAGGGCGCAUGGUGACAGAGGAGUGCCCGCUAGCGAUCACCGUCCUCAUCAUCCAGAACAUUCUGGGGCUGAUCAUUAAUGCGGUGAUGCUGGGGUGCGUCUUCAUGAAGACGGCGCAGGCCAACCGGCGAGCAGAGACCCUCAUCUUCUCCAAGAACGCCGUUAUCGCUCCACGCAACGGCCGGCCCACCUUCAUGUUCCGCGUGGGAGACCUGAGGAAGAGCAUGAUCAUAUCAGCCACCAUCCAGCUGCAGGUGAUCCGCAGGACGGUCACGGCUGAAGGAGAGGUGGUCCCUGUGUGCCAGCUGGACAUCCAGGUGGAGAACCCUCUCCGCAGCAACGGCAUCUUCCUGGUGUCCCCUCUCAUCAUCAGCCACACCAUCGAGAGGGGCAGCCCCCUGUACGAGCUCUCUGCUAACUCCCUCAACACAGAGGACCUGGAGAUCAUCGUCAUCCUGGAAGGUGUUGUGGAGACCACAGGUAUCACCAUGCAGGCACGUACCUCAUAUACACCAGACGAGAUCCUCUGGGGCCGGCGCUUCGUCUCCAUCAUGACGGAGGAGGACGGACGCUACUCGGUCGACUAUUCCAAGUUUGGAAACACGGUCUCGGUGCGCAUGCCGGCCCUCAGCGCCAAAGAGCUGGACCAGAUCCGGGGGGGCCAGGACGGGGGGGCCGCCGACGGGAAGCUGCAAGGCUGGGGGCUGGUACCUGACGCUGUACAGUCUAUUUCUGAUGCUGUUCUGCUCCUUCGUUUCAAGCAUAUCAGUUUGUUGUAUCUGAAGAGGGCAGUGAUGAGGAACGAGGCUCCAACAGCCCUGAUGGUCAUUGUUGGGAUUUUUGUUAUUUUUCUAAACAAUUGAUUUAUGAUCGUACAUAUUA